AUGAGCAGCUGCAGAAUCCUCCAACUCCGCCAGAGCAGCCAAUUCUUCGCCGUCACUCGGUUCCCGGCCUUCUUCAAGCCCCCCAUUUCCACCAUCUGCUUCUCCUCCUCCAAUUUCAGGUCCGGCACUGGCGCUGUUAGUUCCUGUAAUACUCUGCGCAGAAUGAACGCCCAUGGAGUCGUCCCUGACGUUUCCAAAGUCACGGUGGUGGACGACCCUUCGCUGCUGGAGGAGAAAGCUGCAGCAAUUCGUUUAGCUGGCCCUGCUAAACUCCAGGUGAUAGCAGAUUUCGACGCGACGCUUACCAAGUACAUUGUGAAUGGCCGCAGAGGCGACAGCAGUCAUGGCCUUUUGCGUCAAGAGAAUGCCGAGUAUGACGCCAAGAGGCUGGCUUUGUAUCAGUACUAUCACCCCUUGGAAUUCUCCCCUUCUAUCCCCAUAGAAGAGAAGACAAAGCUCAUGGAAGAGUGGUGGGGGAAAACGCAUAACCUUCUUAUUGAGGGAGGUCUUACAUAUGAUUCUAUUAAAGAGUCUGUUGCUGCCUCGGAAAUUGCUUUCAGGGAGGGAGUAGUUGAACUGUUUGAGUUUCUGGAGGAAAGGGACAUUCCAGUUCUCAUAUUUUCAGCAGGGCUUGCAGAUAUCAUAGAAGAGGUUCUGAGGCAGAAGAUUCAUCGACCUUUCAAAAAUGUUAGGAUUGUGUCUAAUAGAAUGGAAUUCAACAGUGAUGGACGGCUCAUUUCGUUCAAAGGGAAGUUAAUUCAUAGUCUAAAUAAAAACGAGCAUGCUCUUGAUAUGGCGGGCCCUCUUCAUGAGCAUCUUGGGGACUCCAAUGGCUUAAACAAUCUAGGUGCAUCGGUUAAAGAUAGAACCAACGUGCUCCUUCUUGGUGAUCAUUUGGGAGACCUAAGAAUGUCUGAUGGUUUGGACUACAGCACUCGAAUUUCUGUUGGAUUCCUGAAUGACAACAUAGAGAACAAUAUUGCCGGAUACAGUAAAGCAUUUGAUGUUCUGUACCUGAAUGAUGCACCGAUGUGGGGAGUAGUCAACCUUGUUUCUCAGCUCUGGCCAACUCACAAUUAG